AUGCUACACAUCCUUUCAGUAUAUGCUCCUCAAACGGGUUGCAAAGAAAAAGAGAAAGAUGACUUUAGAGCUAUCCUUGAUGAAGCAGUAAUGAAAAUCCUUAAGGAUGACCUAGUCAUAAUAGGUGGUGACUUAAAUGCACAUGUGGGAAAAGCAAGAGAUAACAAAAGGCAUCAUGGUGGUUUUGGAUAUGGAGAAAAAAAUGAUGAAGGAGAGAAAAAAGACAGUCAUUUAAUAACAUAUGAAAGGGGUACAAGGAAAACACAGAUAGAUUACAUGCUAAUCUUUCGUAGAAGAUUUAAAGAUGUAAUAGACUGCAAAGUCAUCCCAGGAGAAGAUAUAGCCGACAUCACAAAUAAAUCCACUCAAAACAAGAUAAAACUGGAACCAUGCAUCAAAUGGGAUGAACACUCCCUAUGUCAAAACCUUAUACCACCAAUAACAGAACAAAAGAUAAUCAUAUGCCUCAGGCAUAUGAAAAACAAAGCUAGGGGUCCAGAUUAUAUUCCAAUAGAAAGCCUUAAAGCACUAGGAGAUGGUGGAAUACACUUCCUCACAAAUCUAUACAAUAAAAUACUUGUAAAUGAAGAGUUCCUCAAAAAUGGAGGCAGAGCUAUCUAG